AUGUCACUUUCAUCAUCUCCACCGACUGCGCUGGGGUCCCAGAAGCAGCAGCAAGAGCAAGAGCAAGAGCAAGAGCAAGAGCAACAGCGGCAGCAAAGACAGCAGCCUAGAAAUGAGACUCUGCAGGGGACUUUUGACCAAGGUUACGUAGCAUGUGAACCUAGUCUUGGAGGAAUUAUUAGUAACAGUGAAAACCGCAGUAAUAGUAGCAGCAAUAACAAUAAAGACCGGCUCAAGGAGCGAUUGUUUUUGGACCCUAGAGCACUACGGGCUGCCCAAGAAACCGCAAAUAUCCCAUCACCAGCGCUGGAUUCGCCGGUGACGACUGGGUCUCCAUUUGAUGAUAGUAAUUCUAUUGAUAUGUCUGCUAUGACGCAAGUGCUUAAGGCAUCGUCUUCAUUAUCGCCAUCAUCUUCUUUGUCUUCUGCAUCGUCAUUAUCGCGUCCAGUCAGCUAUACCCCAGAAGAAGGCAGUCCAACAACACCUGCAAGAGCCCGUAAUCAUCACCAUCACCAUCAUCAUCAUAGUCAAAGUCAAGGACAGAAUCAAAGUCAUGGUCAUAAUAAUGUGUCUGGGCAUGGACAUAGUCACAGUUACAGUUACAGCCAUGGAGUUCAUGGCCAUUUGCGACAUCCGUCAUUAUCCUCAUCUUUUUCAACCACCUCGAGUUGGUCUACUGGCACAGCCACAACAUCGAGUCUGGCUUCUGCACCUACAAGUACAGCACCGUCUUCUGCUUCGAGCACAUCGAGCCAUUAUAAACAGCAGUACCAUAAUCAUCAAAAGGAAUGGCGUACGAAUGCACAAAAAUUGCCGGAGCCGGUCUCGGGAUCCAGAGCCAUGGGGGAUAGUAGCAUUACUCUUCAACAGGGUAGGGAAGAUGGAGAUAGCGGCGGCGGCAGCGGCGUCGGUGGUGGUGAUGGUGGCAGAAAUAGUAGUGAUGGGUGCAGCAAUGUUCUAGGCAGUGGAUAUGCACGGCUGGGUAACCAUGACAACUCAGACAAUAGGUCCUGUUUAGGAGGAGCCCCCCUGGCUGGAUCGUCGCUGGCUGGUUCUCAGGCUGGCGGCAGGUUGGCUGGGUCGAAUAAUAGUGAUGGUGAUGAUUUUGGGUUUACAGUUACCACUGGGAAAAGCAAGAGCAGUCCAGUCUCUAUUUUUGUUUCUAAUGGUACCAAUAGCAUUGUUGGUGUUGCUGCUUGUGAAUCUGAAGAGCCCAGAGUUGGAACAGAAGCUAAAUGCACCACUGACGACACCGAAAGUAAUGCUACUGCUAAUACUACUGCUACCACUGCUAAUACUAAUACUAAUACUACUACCACCACCACUACAAACUCUGUUGUUAGCACCACAGCGCCCCAAACCGCCAGCGUAGCCGCCUGCCACUAUUCUCCAACCCUAACCUCUCAAUUAUCUGCCCAUAUUAACACUACUACUGCUGCUACUGCCACCACCAUUACCACUGCUGCCACUUCCAUUUCAACCACCACAAACUCCUCCUCUUCUUCAACAUCACCAUCGUCAUCCAUCCCAACAUCACCUCUACGCCGAUACCUCCACAUUAGACCGCCAGACCCUGUUCUGGCUCCGUCCACAAACUUAAAAAGUAAUUUAAACAUUCAUCAGGUGACGACUCCGAUCUCACCGGUAUCUCGACAGACAUCUUAUUCAGCUGUCACCUCUCCCAUAUCUCCACCCUCUGUAGCCCCAAACCAUUUAAACAAGCAGCAACAGAAUACCAAGCAGAAACAACAGCUUCAACUACAGUCUCAACCGCAACAACAAUCAAAACAACAAUCACCUGCCGAGCUACAACAUUCAACUUCUUUAGACUCAUCUCGAAACUUCACGGCUAUCCCCACAAAGCAAUACCGACAUCAACAUUCAGCUUCCGUUCCGGUACCCCCUUUGCAACUACCUCCUUCUUCAUCUCAACAAGCUAAAAUGUCAACAUCUUCUCAUCCUCCUUCUCAAGCUAUUCCCGCCACUACCCAAGCUCAACAAACAUCAUCGCACUAUAGAACUUCUUCGCGACAUUCAUCAAGCAAUGGGGUUAAUAGCAAUGGCCAUGGCAAUGGCCAUACAAACGGCAACACUAACGGCAAUGGAAAUACAAACACUACAAAUACUUCAUCUUCAACAAACCCUCCCCAAACAAAGGUUCACCGACGCCGGUCAAUUGGCAACUGGGAUCUUAUUAAAACCGUCGGUGCUGGUUCUAUGGGCCAAGUAAAACUUGCCCGGAACAGAGUCACAGGCGACUACUGCGCCGUCAAGGUCGUCCCCCGCGCUACCGUUGAGCACCGCCGGCGGCUUCAGCAGCAAGCUGCAGAAGGCCAUCCGCCAGAACCCCAGUCCAACAAAGAGUCAGACGAGUCGAAAGAUAUUCGUACUGUCAGAGAAGCUGCAAUUGGCAGGCUUCUUCAUCACAAGUACAUUUGCCAGCUCUAUGAAAUGCAUGUCAUGUCAUCACAUUACUACAUGCUUUUUGAGUAUGUUUCUGGUGGACAAAUGCUUGACUACAUUAUUGCCCAUGGUUCUCUUAAAGAAAAACAAGCACGAAAAUUUUCGCGGGCCAUUGCGUCGGCCUUAGAUUACUGCCACCAUAACAGCAUUGUUCAUCGAGACUUGAAGAUUGAAAACAUUCUCAUUUCUCAAUCUGGUGAUAUUAAAAUUAUUGAUUUUGGUCUCUCCAAUCUUUUCUCAAGUGAUCACCUCCUGCGUACUUACUGCGGAUCUCUCUACUUUGCUGCACCAGAACUCCUAUCCGCCCACCCUUACGUGGGCCCCGAAAUUGAUGUGUGGAGUUUUGGUGUUGUACUUUAUGUACUAGUCUGUGGCAAAGUCCCCUUUGAUGAUCAGUCUAUGCCUGCUCUCCAUGCUAAAAUUAAGCGUGGGUUUGUCGAGUACCCUCCCACAAUCACUCCAGACUGCAAAGAUCUUCUCUCACGCAUGCUUGUAGUUGACCCAACUAACCGUGCCACUCUCCAAGAAGUUCGCCACCAUCCCUGGAUGGUCAAGGGAUACGACAAACCUCCGGACUCUCAUAUUCCUAAUCGCCAGCCUCUGCGCUUGCCUUUAGAUCCCGCUGUUAUUCAUGAUAUGACGGGGUUUGAAUUUGGUUCCGAAGAGCACAUUACCAAGAAGCUUACUGCAAUUUUGGAGUCUUCUCGCUACAUUAGUGCAUGCCGCGAGUGGUACCGUGUCCGUGGCAUUGAUAUGGACUCAGGCAUUCCUGUUGUUGAUAAUAACAACUCUUCCGGCUUAACUGGCUCCGCUCAUGAACAAACCAGAAAGUCAAGACAUUUUAGCAUUGACUUUUACAAGCGCAGAUCUUUUUCUGGUGAUGAUCUCAAUGGUAAUUCAAAUUCCCUCCCAAUUGGCUCUCCAUCUGGGCCCAUGCGCACUCAAGAUCCCACAAAUGCAUACCAUCCUCUGAUUUCUAUUUACUUUUUGGUUCAUGAAAGACAGGAACGACUUCGCAAGGCUAAACUAGAAGAAGACCUUAAGCAGUCUCAACAUUUGUCACCACAACAGUCUUUGUUGUUGCAACAGUCUCAGCAGCAAGCUCAGCAGCAACAACAACAGUCGCAGCAAAUUUUACAGCAACUUCAGCAGCAACAACAAGCUCAGCAGCAACAACAGGCUCAGCAACAGCAGGCUCAACAGCUGCAACAGGCUCAGCAGCAACAACAACAACAACAGUCGCAACAAAUUUUGCAACAGCAACAACAGCAACAGCAACAACAGCAACAACAACAAGCUCAAGCUCAAGCUCAAGCUCAAGCUCAACAGCAACAGUUUUUGCAACCUGCAUACCAGCCUCAGACUCAACAGCAGCAACUACCUCAUACUACGUCACCGCAGAUGGUGCAUGCUGCUAUUGCAUCGCCAUCACUGCAGCCGCAGCAACAGCAGCAGACUCCAACCAUCCAGGUUCAAGACCUCAGCACUACUCCAUAUUCGGGACAACAGUACAGAGAACCUCCUCAAUCUCCUCCACACAGACAGUUUGCAUUGCAACCCACGUCUCCUGGCGCACCUACUCCUGCUUAUAAUUAUCAACCUCUUGUACCUCUACCUCAACAACAGCAGCAACAGCAACAUGAUGAAAAACGCUUUUUGGCACCUUCUAUUCCUGCUCCUGAAGCUGUUCACACGUCAGCACCUACCUCUUACACUGCUUCUUCUGCAUAUGCACAGCCACAACAACAAUCACAGCAAGGUUUGACUCCUAGUACUUCUAAAGGCCGUGCACGUUCAAGAACACACGGCGAGUCUGAUUCUUCAGAGAAACUAUUUAUUUUUGGCGGGAGUAAAAACAAUGCUGCUAGCCACACAAACAGCAACAAUAGUGGCGGCGGUGGCCUGAGCUUUACUACAAACUUAUUGCGUCGGUUUAGCUCUAAAAGAAAAGCCUCAAGAGAAUCUCCACAACAGCAAUCUUUGCUUACACGGCCUCAAAGCAGACAUCAUCACUCGCAAAGUGCUGCUCCUGCGUUUAACGAUAUCGGCUUGAAUGAGGAUGGCUCAACGUCUCCUCCUUCGAACCUUUCUCGUAAUGCAACAACAACUGCUGGCUACAAGCAGCAGCAGCAACAACAACAGCAACAACAACCUACUGCCAAUGUCACUUCUCCUCAACAGUCUUACAAUCCACAGCAGCAACAACCUCCCCAAAACGCUCAACAUCUUUCCAGAUCUGUUUCGAGCAAACCUUAUCCCAAGCCUGGCUAUUUGGACCCCAAUGCUUAUGCUAGCCACUCAAUCAGUGCAGCCACGAGCGGUGGCUACGGAACAGCCACUACAACUCCCGGAAACAUUGCCAUUGCUGCCUCGAAACAAGGGACAUUUACUACUGGCUCACUUUCUCGAAAGUUUCAUCCUUCUGCUCGUGCAAAAUCUCUUGGUCAUGUUCGCCACGAUCAGCAGCAGCAGCAGGGUAAUGUUCCUCCUCCAAGACCACCUCGCGACGACCUUGGAUCGGUCCCACCUGUGCCGGCCAUUGCAACGUCUUCUGGCACUGCUACUCCUGCCGAUAGCGCUGACAUUGCAGAUGAAUUCUUUGAUCAGUAUUAUGGAAGCAACGACUCUGACGAGACUGAAGGCAGAAACAGCAGUAGUAACAAUUCGAGCACUAACCAAGUUUCUAAUCCUAUUGCAGGGGCUUCGGCAACUGCCACUAUUACUUCACCUACCACGAGUAACAGCACAUCUGGAGUACCGGCUAGAAGUGCGGGUGCUAAGGGUUCUCUUGCACCUGGUGCGUCGAUUGCUGCAACUGGAGGACAGACUCUUGUUAAACAAGCAUCUAACGUUUCUUCUAACCACCCUGCUCCUGGCCAACCUGGAAGUAUGCCUUCGAUUGAUUAUCCCAAGCAGGUGUUUCUCAAGGGUUUCUUUUCUGUUCAGUCGACAUCCACCAAACCCCUUGCCUACAUCCGGUCCGAUAUUAUUCGUGUACUGAACCAGCUAGGUGUGGAGUACCAAGAGAUUCGUGGUGGAUUUUCUUGUAUUCAUCGUCCUUCGUUGCGCGAUGAUGGCAAUAUGCAUAGCCAACAGUAUCUUGCGGCGCCAGGCUCGCCUGCUGUGGGAGGAGGUGCGGCGCACUCGCCUCCCAACUCGCCGCAGGCUGGCGAUGCUCCUCAGCGCGGGCACUGGCGUAAGCUGUCGUUUGGUUCUGGAUUUUUCUCUAACCGACGGAGCCGGCACCAGAAUGAAUCUACCAAUAAUAUUUUUGAUUUGUCGUCCGACUUGUCUACGGAUAGCGUGAGCGCGUUUACAAACAAUGGCCUCAUGAUUACCAAUUCCAGUGGCAGCAAUGCUCAAAUUGCACAACCGCCACUGUCUGCGGCUGGGUCACUUGGAAGCCCACAGUCACCGUCUACAGGAGGUAGCGGAGGGUUCCGCAGUGGAGGCACGAAUGGCGGAAAUGGUGGCAGUGGCACGUACAAUGCAGGUGGGUCUGACUUGUUAUCGUCAACGACUGGAGCUCCCACGUCUAAUUUGUCGCAGGUGCGGACUCCUUUGCAGUUUGAGAUUUGGAUUGUUCUUGUGCCUAUUCUCAAGUUGCAUGGUGUACAGUUUAAGAAGCUACGGGGUAAUUCGUGGUUAUACAAGAAUCUUGCGACGAAGAUAUUAUCAGAGCUUAGAUUGUAA